CAGAGCUCGGCCAAAACAGGGGUUUGCAGCUGCAGAGGCUCGGUGGGCAGGCAUCCCGGGCCCGGAGCCGGGCGGGGAGCGUCGGGGUGGGGGGGGCCCUGACCCGACACCCCUCACCAUCGCCGCAUCUCCGGAUGCUACCCCGGCCAGCCAUGCUGCUGGGCGGCCUCCUCCUCGCCGCGGCCGCCGUGACUGUGGCCCAGCGGAGGGGGCAGGAGGCGGCCGGGCGCCGCCGGGCGCACCGCGUCCAGCACGGCCAGUGCAGCUACACCUUCGUGCUGCCCGAGCCUGAACCCUGCCCACCCGAACCCGAGGCCUUCGGGGGCUCCAACAGCCUCCAGAGGGACUCGCCCGCUGCCGCUGCACUGAACCUAGGGGACUGGCCGGCCCAGCGAGUGCGACAGCUGGAGAAGGUGCUGGAGAACAACACGCAGUGGCUGCAGAAGCUAGAAAGGUACAUCCAGAUGAACUUGAGGUCAGAGCUGGCACAGGUCCAACAGCACAUGGUCCAGAACCAGACGGCCACCAUGCUGGAGCUAGGCACCAGCCUCUUGAACCAGACCACGGCCCAGACCCGCAAGCUGACUGAUGUGGAGGCUCAGGUCCUGAACCAGACGUCGCGAAUGGAGAUCCAGCUCCUGGAGACUUCGCUGUCCACCAACAAGCUGGAGAAACAGCUGCUACUGCAGGGUCAUGAGCUGCACCGGCUGCAGGGCCGCAACAACGCGCUGGAGACGAGGGUGCAGGCCCUGGAGACGCAACAGCAGGCGGAGCUGGCUUCUCUCCGCGGCGAGAAGGAGCGGCUGCGGCGGCUGCUGGGCCGCCAGAGCGGCGCCCUCGCGGGCCUGGAGCGCAGCCUGCGCGCCGCCAGCAGCAACUCGAGCCUCCUGCAGCGCCAACAGCGCCAACUGCUGGAGUCCGUGCAGCGCCUGGUGCGCGUCGUGGCCCAGGGCCCGGCCUCCGUGAGGGCAGCUGAGCAGGUGUUCCAGGACUGUGCAGAGAUCCAACGCUUCGGGGCCAACGCCAGUGGCGUCUACACCAUCCACGUGGCCAAUAUGACGGAGCCCAGGAAGGUGUUCUGUGACAUGGAGGCCAAUGGAGGCGGAUGGACUCUCAUCCAGCGCCGUGAGAAUGGCAGUGUGAAUUUCCAGCGGAACUGGAGAGAUUACAAACAGGGCUUCGGCGACCCGGCAGGGGAGCACUGGCUGGGCAAUGAGGUGAUGCACCAGCUCACCGGCCGCACAGCCUACUCCCUGCGUGUGGAGCUGCAAGACUGGGAAGGCAACGAGGCCUACGCUCAGUAUGAGCAUUUCCAGCUGGGCAGCGAGGGGCAGCUGUACAGGCUUUCUCUGAGCGGAUACAGCGGCUCAGCAGGGCGCCAGAGCAGCCUGGUCCUGCAAGGCACCAACUUCAGCACCCGUGAUGCAGACAAUGACAACUGCCUCUGCAAGUGUGCCCAGAUGCUGUCUGGAGGAUGGUGGUUUGAUGCCUGCGGCCUCUCAAAUCUCAAUGGUAUCUACUACCCGGCUCACCAUCACGUGCGCAAGCUCAACGGCAUCCGCUGGCACUACUUCCAAGGCCCCAGCUACUCGCUGCGGGCCACCCGCAUGAUGGUGCGUCCCGUGGGCGUCUAAUAAGCAGCGACACCCGGACGCUGGACCCACAGGAAGAGCCGGGACUCGGUAUUCCCUGAACGAGCUGGAUCCAAACACGGGACACAGUGCCAGGGUAUGAUCCUGGACACCCGGGCCCCCCCUGGGCCAGGCCUCCUUGCCCAGGAGUGCAGAGGAUCUGCUGCCUCCCUGUUCUCCUCAAGUUGUGACAUGAUGGUGGGUGGCGGGGGGGGGGGGGGGGGGGAUCUGACUCUAUAGUAUCCCUCUUUCCUCUUCCCUUCUGUCUCCGGCAGGGGUCCCCUGCCAGCUUGAGGGUCACAAUACCCUGAAUGAGCGGAGAGCAAACUUAAGUUCGGUCCUCAAAGAAAUAUAUGAGUACGGUCCACUUCUCCCAGGCCCCAGCAUCUGAAGGCCAGACCUGGCCUCUCGGGGGCUUCAGAAGAUCUAAGGGGCAUUCCUUUACCGCUGGCAUGUCCUCGAAUAUGUUCCAGAGAGAAUAUCUCAGGCGCCCCUCAAAAAGUACCUGGGGUCAAGUGAGGGAGGGAAACACCCAGUUAAAUCAACGUGAACAGGCAUUCUUAGCUGCAGGACCUGUCAGGGCCUUUAAUGUGGUCAUAUGCCUUUUGACUGCCUGUGAAGGAGUUAGAAUGGGCAGCUUUCUCCAAAUGUCCUUAUUUGAAAACAGGCCCUGUUGAUCGCAGAGCAUCUCUCGGGGCUGCAGAUGCCCUUGGGAAAAGUUGGUCAAAUGUGACAGGAUGGAGACCCCGAGCUCCACCGCUGCACCCCCACCUGCACCCACUCUUUCUGGCUACAAGAGCCACAGCGAUGGCCCCAAACAGCCCUUAAAAACAACCGGAAGCAGCUUUGGGUCAAAGAAGACACACUCCACCCCUCAAGAAGGGUCUAGAACGAAGUUUCCGAUCUGUGCUCUGGGCCGGGGUCCCGCCAGGCUCCGUCUGGUCCUUGAGAAGCCAGAUUUCUGCCCGGAGGCUGCCCUCUCAGCACUCCCUGUCACCCUCGCUCACCUCAGCUCACGUUCACGGGCUGUUGGGGACCGUCCACUCCGCCUCGAGCAGGACCCCAAUCUUCAGGUCCAGAUCCUUCCAGCCUCCAAGCUGAGACCCUAACCCUCUCCUCCCACCUGAUCCAACAGUGCUGCCACCCGCAGCUAGGGGGUUGCGGGAGGUGGGGGUGGGGGGCAGAGCAAGCCUUCGCCUGGGUCCGGGAGACCAGGGGCUCCUCGUGAACUUCCUUCGGAGGACAGGGUCAGAGAGGGGCCACCCACCCCCUCACUGUGUCACCCUCCUCAGUUCUGACGAGGCCAUCAUAGUCCUGCCAUCUUCGGCCAACACCCAGGCCAGCCCAGACCAACCUGCUCUUCCCUUAAGGGUAUGCUCUGUCUUCAGAGGGUCUUCUGCUGGAUGGGGCUGGGGUGGUGGAAGACCCACCUUGUCCCCCUGCCCUUGGGUCCCCGCUCAGCCGAGCCCCUGAGCAAGCCCCGCACAGAUGCAAGCUCAUCUCUUUAGAAACAACAAAGGAUAUGGUUGCCAAGGGGGGCAUUUCAGGCGAGGGUGGGGAAGGACGGCGGGCAGGGUGCUGCUCAGAAGCCUCACGUGGCCUUACACCGCAUUUGCUCGGUAGGCUUUUGUUUAACAUCCGCUGUGGGCAGGGCUCUGGAGUGGGAGGGACCUGCUCCAGCUCUUGGACUUGAGGCCAGUGGCUCAGCCUCUCGAGGCCUCGGUUAUCUUGUCUGUGAAACGGAGAUGAAGCUCCCUCCUGGCUGGGCUGUGGCAAGGAGGCGAUGAAAGGAUGUACGUCAACUUUGUAACAGAGCCUGGCACGAGCAGGUGCCUAAUAAACGUUAGUUCCCAGAGAGGUAAA